AUGACUAAGAAGGGGAGCGAGGAGCCUGCAAGCUCUGACACCAAGCAAGCUGAAGUAUGGCGGUCCUAUUCACGUUUUUCCAGGUGGCCCUUUUGGCCGUACUCAUUCUUCAGUCGUGCUCAAAGAACUGAUGUUGGGGCAUCACAGGAAGAUACCAUUACACCCCCCGAAACGGCUCAACCUCCGACUACCCCAGAGCCAGAGCCUCGGGAACUCAGUCCAGUGCCUAAUAUCCAGGAAGAGAAACAUCAGGUGAAAAGAAGACGAUCCGCGAGACUGAACAAAAGAAGCGUCUCUCCCACCGAGGAAGCUCCCGCAACUCCGCCAUCUCCACCCAAGAAGGCGAAGGUCAAAAGAGAGUAUUCGACCCCUGCGCCCCAAUCUUCCGUUCCAGAGGAAGACCCAAUUCAGACUCAGCGAGAAGGUACCGAUAAAGCCUCGUCACGCGAUAAACGCCAGUCACGACAUCCUGAUCCUACUGAUGAGAAGACCAAACCCCACGACACAGACCAUGCGCAGUAUCCUGAUCCUGCAGAUUGUCCUGCGUACUACCUGCGCGGGGCUACGUGGUUUUCUUACGAUGAUGAUGAAAUUCACAAGAAGCUCAAGGUCAUACAGGAGCGUCUGCAGGAAUGGUCAGCGGAGUGGGUAACUGUAGAAAAGCAACUGUCCGACGAAGAAAAGCAGAAGCUAAUUGCCGGCCUGGAGGGAUAUUGCCUCCAAGGUGACUGGGCCUCGUUGGUCGAGAGACUACCUGCCAAUAUCCUUGAGCUUCUCCCCCUCGUUAUCACUCGAGCCUUAGUGACCAAGGACCUGUUUCAGAAUGUGAUCGAGGAUCCAUUUUUUUAUCUCAACGAGGAUGGUGAGAAGGUGACUGGCGAGCACGGCCAAGUCUCUAUCCCUUCCCGUGCUGAGGUCCAUAACCUAUGGCAAUGGUGUAAACAAGUUGAGCCUUCUGGCGUGCGAGACAAGUGGAAUUCGCGAAAGUGGCUCCAGAUCACAGUCCGCUUCCUGAAUGCAUUCACUCGAGAAACCACGUUUGACCCACUACUUGCGACGCACAUGAAACUGCUCAGAGACUGUAUACUGCAACGACUCGCGUACAAUCUCCUUCACGAGUCUUCCUUGUUGCAUCCAUUGCUCAAAACAGUCUCUGAGUCGGCGAGAGCUAGACGAUACCAGGAGCUUCUCCAUAUCUAUCAAAUCGCUGGGGACCUUUGCAUUGGGAUGUGGACUAAUGAGAUGGAUUUUGAAUUUGGCUCUUUCGAUUCCCUGGGGCCAUUCCAUGAGGACAUUCCGCACAUGAAGAAGCACUGUUAUGCUGAACAUGAGUGGAAGGAAAAGUCUGACCCUGCUUCUAAGGGAAGAACUGUCCUGUUCAUGUUGCAGCCCACUCUCACUCGAUACUGUCGGUAUGGUAGGGAGGAAGACGAGUCGUUAAUCAGCAAGGCCGUUGUAAUCUUUUCCAAAGACGAUGCAUGA